GGUCUUUCUUCUUCUUCUUGGUUCAGCUGCAGCCCCGGCAGGAAGGAAGUUAAGCCUUUGGUCGCUAUGGCUGAAGAGAGGCAGCAGCGCCACGGCGGCUGUCCAUGUGGGGACGGUUCGGCUGCAGCUGAGGAGAAGCUGCAUCCAAGAAAUCUGAUCCCAGAGCUUUGUCGGCAGUUCUAUCAUUUAGGAUGGGUUACAGGGACUGGUGGAGGAAUCAGCAUGAAGCAUGGCAGUGAGAUAUACAUUGCUCCCUCUGGUGUCCAAAAAGAAAGAAUUCAGUCUGAAGAUAUGUUUGUGUGUGACAUAGAAGAAAGGGACAUCAGUGAGCCCCCAGCACACAAGAAAUUAAAGAAGAGUCAAUGCACACCUCUCUUCAUGAAUGCUUACACCAUGAGAGGAGCAGGAGCAGUGAUCCAUACGCACUCCAAAGCUGCUGUUAUGGCCACACUUCUCUACCCAGGAACUGAAUUUAUAAUUACUCAUCAGGAGAUGAUAAAAGGAAUCAAGAAAUGCACCACAGGUGGAUAUUUCAGGUGGGUUCUCAUCCAGACUAUCGAAAGGAAGAAAGAAAGAAAGAAAGAAAGAAAGAAAGAAAGAAAGAAAGAAAGAAAGAAAGAAAGAAAGAAAGAUGUGUUACUUGCCCAGAACAUGAGAGAAAACACUACCAAACUCUCCCAUUGAAAAACAUGGACAAUGAAAUUGUAGAAAUAGGAAAGGCAAGAAACACAGAAAAAGAUAAGAGGUUGAUAUUUGGAAGAAAGAUGCUUGCAAACUGCAAGCCUUUUUACUAAUAUAUAUACCAGGGGUACACCUCCCUGAGAUCUCCAAACAUGCCGAUUUAAUUUGCGUACUUCAAGCUAGCAGGCAGGUAAACAUGUCUCUAUAGAAGACAAAGGAGCAAAAGCUCUCAGUUCUGCCUUGGAAAACAAUUGCAUCUCAACAGCUGAUCACUCUGCAUGACUAUCAUUUUAUGUAAUUAUAUCUAUGAGAAGGUGCCGCUUGAAGCCCUGUAUAGUAAAUACAACAAAGGAAGCCUGGGAACCAUAGACAGAGGGGAAUGAUAGGCCUGCAUUUGUGAAAAGAAGGUUCUAAACCAUGGCUUCUCAACUUUGGCCCUACUGCAGAAGUUGGCCUACAACUCCCAUAAUAUCUGGCUAUUGGCCACUGUGGCUGGGGAUUAUGGAAGUUGUAGUCCAAAAACAGCUGGGGGAGCCUAAAUUGAGCAGACCUGUUAUAAACACAUGAUUGGAAGUUACACUCUACCCACAUUGGUCUGUUCAUCUGCAUCUAUUUUCCAAGUUGUUGUUUUCCAAGUUUCCUCCUUGUUUGAAGGAGGCAAUAGUUAGACCUAUUCUUAAGAAGCCUACCCUGGAUUCCUCAGCGAUGGAUAGUUAUAGGCCAAUCUCCAAUCUCCCCUGGCUGGGCAAGGUAAUCGAGAGGGUGGUGGCUAACCAGCUCAAGGCAGUUUUCGAGGAAACUGAUUAUCUAGACCCAUUUCAAACUGGCUUUAGAACGGGCUAUGGGGUUGAGACAGCCUUGGUCGGCCUGAUGGAUGACCUUUACCAGGGAAUCGACAGAGGGAGUGUGACUCUGUUGGUCCUCUUGGAUCUCUCGGCGGCGUUCGAUACCAUCGACCAUGGUAUCCUUCUGGGUCGCCUGGAGGAGUUGGGAAUAGGGGGCACUGCUUUGCAGUGGUUCCAUUCCUAUGUCUCGGGUAGAUCCCAGAUGGUGGAGCUUGGUGGCAGUCGCUCCUCAAAGCAGGAGCUGUUAUAUGGAGUCCCUCAGGGCUCCAUUCUGUCACCAAUGCUUUUUAAUAUCUAUGUGAAACCGCUGGGUGAGGUCAUCAGGAGAUUUGGUGCUGGGUGUUAUCAGUAUGCUGAUGACACCCAAAUCUGCUUCUCCUUUUCGUCUUCAGGAAAUGGCACUCACUCUUUAAAUGCCUGCCUACAGGCAGUAAUGGGCUGGGUGAGGGAGAACAAAUUGAAGCUGAAUCCAAGCAAGACGGAGGUGCUCAUUGUGGGGGCUCAGAAUCUGAGGAGUGAGUUAGAUCUCCCUGUUCUGGAUGGGGUUACACUCCCCCAGAAGGAGCCGGUGCGCAGCUUGGGAGUACUCCUGGACCCAGGCCUCACCCUGGUAUCUCAGGUGGAGGCCAUGGCCAGGAGUGCUUUCUAUCAGCUUCGGCUGAUUCGACCACUGCGUCCAUUCCUUGAGGAGGAUGACCUCAAAACAGUGGUGCACCAGCUGGUAACCUCCCGGCUUGACUAUUGCAAUGCGCUCUACGUGGGGCUGCCUUUGUAUAUAGUUCGGAAACUUCAAUUAGUUCAGAAUGCGGCAGCCAGAUUGGUCGCUGGGGUAACCCGGAGAGACCAUAUUACGCCUGUUUUGAAACAAUUGCACUGGCUGCCGAUAUGUUUCCGGGCAAAAUACAAAGUGCUGGUGAUUACCUUUAAAGCCCUGAAUGGCUUAGGCCCGAGUUACCUUAGAGAGCGCCUUCUUCUGCGUGAUCCCCACCGCACAUUAAGGUCAUCUGAGGAGUUUCGUCUCCAGUUACCACCAGCUCGUCUGGUGGCGACUCGGAGGCGGGCCUUCUCUAUAGCUGCUCCGGGGCUGUGGAAUGCGCUCCCUGAGGAAAUCCGCAAUUUGAAUUCUCUAUUAGCCUUCAGGAAAGCCCUUAAAAUGUAUUUGUUUGGCCUGGCUUUCCAGGGUUUUUAAAUUCUAACCCGAUUUUGGGGCUUUUAAUUACUGGAAUUGUUUAAUUGCUGUUUUAAAGUGUUUUUAAAUUGUUGAUCAUUGUUAUAUUGUUUUUAAUUUGUUUUAGCUUUUUAUUGUUUUAGUGGUUUGUUUUAAUUGUAAACCGCCCUGAGCCAUUUUGGAAGGGCGGUAUAUAAAUCAAAUAAAUAAAUAAAUAAAUAAAUAAAUAAAUAAGUUGGUAUUAAAAAAACACAGAUAUACUAAA